UCAGAAGCUGUCUCCAGCUCCUGGCAGAGAUUUCUGUCAAGAAAGAAGCCAUCAGCAGAAUGGCACAGAAUUCAUCUUGUGAAGAUUGGCUGGCAGUGGAGAAUAUCUUGAAAAAGUACUACCUCUCUGCAUUUUAUGGGAUCGAGUUCAUUUUGGGGAUGCUUGGCAAUGUCACUGUGGUGUUCGGCUACCUCUUCUGCAUGAAGAACUGGAACAGUAGCAACGUCUAUCUCUUUAACCUUUCCAUCUCUGACUUUGCUUUCCUGUGCACCCUUCCCAUGCUGAUAAAGAGUUAUGCCAACGAGAACUGGACCUAUGGAGAUGUUCUCUGCAUAAGCAACCGAUACGUGCUUCAUGCCAACCUCUACACCAGCAUCCUCUUUCUCACUUUCAUUAGCAUAGAUCGGUAUCUCCUCAUGAAGUUCCCUUUCCGAGAACACAUUCUACAAAAGAAAGAGUUUGCCAUUUUAAUCUCUCUGGCUGUCUGGGUCGUAGUGACCUUAGAAGUUCUACCCAUGCUCACUUUCAUCAAUUCUGUCCCAACAGAAAAGGGCAUGAGCUGCAUCGACUAUGCAAGUUCUGGAAACCCUAAAUACAGUCUCAUUUACAGCCUGUGCCUGACUUUGCUGGGCUUCCUCAUUCCUCUCUCUGUGAUGUGCUUCUUCUACUACAAGAUGGUUGUCUUCCUAAAGAGGAGGAGCCAGCAGCAGGCAACUGCCCUGCCAUUGGACAAACCUCUACGCCUGGUGGUCCUGGCGGUAGUGAUCUUCUCUGUACUCUUCACACCCUAUCAUAUCAUGCGCAAUGUGAGGAUCGCCUCACGCCUGGAUAACUGGCCACAGGGAUGUACACAGAAGGCCAUCAAAUCCUUAUACAUCCUGACCAGGCCUCUGGCCUUUCUGAACAGUGCUGUCAACCCUAUCUUUUACUUCCUCAUGGGGGACCAUUUCAGAGAGAUGCUGCUUUGUAAGUUUAGACAAUACUUCAAGUCCCUUACAUCCUUCAGGACAUGAGCUACUGGAUGCAGGUUUCCACUCAGCCAAAAUGAGACAAUUAACAAACCGUGCUGUGCAGUUGAGUUUUAACAAAGCAGACCACCAUUUCCAGGCUUUAGCACCCACCAUUCUCCAACCCCAAGUGCUGGAGUACAAUCUGGGUACAAAUGAAUCAAAAGGCAACUCUGUAUCCUGAUUUUAAGCUGUACCCAGGGUAUGGAAAAAAUAAGGCAUGAGAAUGCAUUGACAUCUUCACUUGAGAACUGAAGGAAGCAGACUGAUGUUGUCAAUGUUUGGACACUUAAGACCUGAAACCUUGGAGAUUUUAAGACCUCUUCUUUCUAUCAGUGUAAAAGGAAUAGAUAGAUAGUACUGAAUGCUGAAUGCAUUUUAUCACUCGUCAGGUUGAUAGGCAUAUUUCUGAAAUGCUCUGUUAUUUUUAUUCUUGCAAUAUUAAAAUUUUAUGUGAAAAAUUAAUAAACUCAAUGCACAGCAUUAGUUAUUAUGAUCAGAAAUUAUAGUUCUUGAAAGAAAUUAAAUAACUGCAAUGCCUAAAUAAAUCAAUGUAAUUCGUU